AUGACCAUGAAGCCAUCCAGUUCCACCUCGGGCUUCUUCCAGGAGCCACCGGUGCUGCCAAAUCAGUUUUUCGAUGACACCAGUUUCCAAAGAGCCAUGAGGCUCUUCCUCCCAGGUCAUGUAGUUAGUCGCGUAGGAGACGAAGUCGCCCAGCUCGGCGAAGACGUCCUGUCCGACCAGGUCUUCUCCUGGGUCACCGACGCCGAGCAGAACACGCCCUACCUGGCGGGCCACGGCCGGGACGUCUUCGGCAGACCGAGGUCCGAGCUCGUCGUCGGUGAGGGCUGGCGCAGCUUGCAAUCUUUCGGCAUCGAGAGGGGCAUUGUCGCCACCGGGUACGACACGUCGCUCGGGCCCUCCGCUCGCGUCGUCCAGUUCCUGAGGCUGCACCUAUGGGAGGGCUCUGCGGCCAACGUCCCGUGCCCUUCGGCUAUGCAGGAUGGCGCGGCGCGGCUGCUGCAGCUGCAGUUGGAACGCCGAGACCUCGAUCCGCUGCAGCGGCGCGUGCUCGAGAGAGCGUUGGAGCGCCUGCUAUCCAGGGAUCCGGCGAAGGCCUGGACGAGUGGCCAGUGGAUGACUGAGCGGACUGGCGGGAGCGAUGUCUCCCUCACAGAAACUGUCGCCCAGUACAAACCAUCAGCAGAGGCAGGCCUUGCUGAUGCGCAAGAGAACGUGCCGCUUGGCCCUUGGUCCAUUUCCGGAUUCAAGUGGUUCUCGAGCGCAACCGACUCGAACAUGACUGUCUUGCUGGCACGAACAGAGAACGGUGUAAGCGCUUUCUACGCCCCCAUGAGACGACACGACCCUUCGGCGAAGACCAGAGCUGGACGGUCCAUGGGGACGGCCGGCGUGGAGCUGAACGGGGUCCGGAUCCAGCGUUUGAAGCACAAGUUUGGAACUCGGUCCCUGCCUACGGCAGAACUUGAGCUGGAGGAUAUGCGAGGAUGGUUGUUGGGAAAGGAAGGGCACGGCAUCAAAGAAAUCAGCACGGUGCUCACACUCACACGUGUCCACUCAGCCGUAGCUGCCGUGGGCUACGCCGGUCGUGCUCUUGGCGUCGCCAGAUCAUACGCCAAAGUCAGGCAGGUCGGCGCCGGGCGAGGGCAACGGGUCCUGCUGGCGCAGAGCCCCUUGCAUAUGCAGACAUUGGCUGACAUGACAGGCGAGUACCACGGCCUGAUGCUGCUCACCUUCUUCACUGCAUACAUCCUCGGCCUGGACGAGCACCCUCAGGCGGGGAGGUCGGGUCUUCCUCCGUCGUUGGCGGCUAUCACGCCGGACCGGGAAUACAUCGCGCCGCUUCUGCGAGUCCUGACGCCGCUCUGCAAGGCGUACGUCUGUAAGAAGUCGAUUCCCCUCGUAUACGCCUGUAUGGAGGCACUAGGCGGCGUGGGCUACCUCGAUAACGAGGAGGCCCAGCACCUCAACGUCGCAAGACUGUACCGCGAUUGCUGCGUGCUGUCGAUCUGGGAGGGAACCACUGACGUCCUCGCCACGGACUUUCUUCGGGCGCUCAAACAUCCCAAAGGAGGGCAGGAAUCGAUAGAAGCCCUGGACGUGCUUUUCACCAAGAUAAAAAGUGCCUGGCCCGGGCCAGCGGACGGUAAGACAGCCGGAUCGUCCCCGGCGGGCUCGUGGGAAGCGGUGAAGGAGACCCUCGCCCGCGAGUCACAGGUGGACCUCGUUGGGGACGCACGGCGCAUCCUGUGGGUGGUUGCUGAGGGCCUGAUUGGACUGCUGCUCUACGCAGACGCCCACAGUGACGGUAGCCAACCGGCGCUGGAUAUAUUUUCCCGGUGGAGGCUGUCACCAGAGAGUGGGAAGUUUCACCGAGGAGGGGCUAUGAGCUCGGAUAAGGCGCAGCACAGCAACGAGGACAGGCUGGCCAGGAACAUUGCCAUUGUCUAUGGACUGCCCAAGUCGGACGUGUCUCGGUCGAAGCUGUGA